AUGUACAAGCGGUUUAUGGGGGGCACCUGUGAAGGGUAUGACUUAAGUCUGGAUGAAAUGAGAGCUUUGACGUUUCAGAGAGUGAAGUUUACCAUGGGUUUGCCUCUGUUAAAACGUGCGAUUCAGGGGCAGGCAGAGAAAACGAAGAAUUUUGUCAGUUGGAGCCUUGUCAUAGGAGAAGUCCUCUCCAUAGCUGACAUGGCCACUGGAGUGAAGUGUGAAAUAAUUGAUUGGCUGUUCGGUGGUGCGGUCAGGAGUCUUGGAAACCCAGAUGAUGUUGCUAAGUGGCUUCAGCCACUCCAGGAGCAGAAGUACACCGGGAUGUUUGCAGUGACCGAGAGGGGCCGUGGGAGCAAGGUGAGAGGGAUCCAGACUGAAGCCACCUUUGACCUCUCUGCACAGGAUAUAGCCCAUUGCUCUGCUGUUCUGUGCAGGAGUUUGUGUGAAAACGCGGAGAAGAUGUGUAUCGGCAAUGCCAUGCGUGGGGACUGUGCUGUGGUCUUCGCCCAGCGCAUCAUAAACGGAAGGUCUCAAGGGCUCCACUGUUUCAUCGUACCUGUCCGAGAUGAAAAUGGAAGCUUGUACCCAGGGGUGACAGUGAUUGACAUGAUGUACAAAGAAGGUCUGCAUGGUGUGGACAAUGGGAUCUUAGUAUUUGACAAGGUCCAGGUGCCAAGGGAGAACCUGCUGGAUAGGUUUGGUUCUGUGGCUCCAGAUGGACGGUACCACUCACCUAGGGAAGAGAGUGAAAGACUGAAUGCAGUGCUGGCCGUGCUGACCCCUUCCUGAUCAGCUGUGACGCUGCAAGUCAUGGGCGCCAUGACGCUUGGGUUGAUGAUAGCCAUUCGUUACAGCCACAGCCCGUGGCAGUUUGGGCCGAAAGCCAAGGAAGAAGUCAGGAUCAUUGAGCACCAACAGACCGUUGGACUGAUGCCUCACCUGGCCACGGCCUUGGCCCUGACCUUCGUUAGCAGGUGUGCUGGGGUCCUCCUGGAUGAGGACAUCUUCUACGGGAAGGAGCUCGUCAGCAGCCGCCCACUGCAGGCUCUGGUGGCAGGCCUGAAGGCCUGCAGUACCUGGGAGAAUGUCAGCUGCUUGCAGGACUGUCCAGAGUGCACUGGAGGCAUGGGUUACAUGAUGGAAAAUCGAAUCUCAGGCUUAAAGUGUGACACAGAUGUGCUUGUAACUUUUGAAGGUGACAAAGUUGUUAUGCUUCAGGUUGUGGUGCGGGAACUGCUGGCUCAAUAUUCCAGACAGUCUGAAGAAAGACUGCUUUUUGGCCUGCUUCAAAACUGGACUGAGUCCAUGGGGGACAAGCUGAGAACCAGUUUUCUGGCAUCCGACGUGGACUCAGUCGGUAAACUCGCCUUCCUGUUGAAAGCAGUUAAUUUUCGCGAAAGGGUUCUUCAGCGGGGCUUGGUGGCCAGGAUUUAUGACAAGGUAAAAAUACAUUGUGUUACAUAUAUGUGUUUAAGGCAUAUUCUCAUAUUUUUGUUAGUAUCCAUUAAAUGUAGUAGAAGAGAUUCAGGUUAGUUACAACCUUCUGGAAAUGGCUGGGGUCCCAGAGGCCAUUUUGCAUGAUGACAGCACUGCCUGCUUUGGAGGCCCAGAUGCUACUGUCAGCCUUCUUUACGUCGUCCUUUAGAAUUCCACCACAAGCAUCAUGUGGAGGCCCGGAUGCUCCUGUCAGCCUGCUUUAUAUCUUCCUUUAGAAU